GAUCUCAUCCUGACCUUUAAUAUCUCAAUGCAUCGUUCUUGGUGGAUGGAGAAUGGGCCAGGCUGCACUGUGACCUCAGUAACCCCAGCACCAGACUGGGCACCAGAGGAUCAUCGUUAUAUCACUGUCUCGGGGUGUUUUCUUGAAUAUCAGUACAUAGAAGUGGCUCACAGUUCUCUUCAGAUCUUCCUUGCA